AUGGCAUUUACUCUAGGAAUGAUGCCAUCACCUAAAUAGAUUGAAAGAGGUGAUAAAACUGUGGAAAUAACAAAAAUAUGUUCCAUAAAAUUUAUAACUUUUGAUGUAUUUCCAGAUCACAUAAUAUAACUACUAUUUCAUUAUCAUUAAUUAAUAACAUAUGAUGAGGAUUGUGAUUUUGAAGAAUCCAUUUAGAAUGUAAAUUUAAAAGUUGAUGGAGCAUUGAAAUUUGAGAUUAGUUUAGAAAGUAAUGAACAAUUAUAUUGGGUUUAAAAUACAAAAGAAGAAGCUUAUGAAUUAGAAAUAGAUGAAAAUUUAAAUAUAAAGAUAUAAGCAUAAAAUCAUUGGGGUUUAGCAAGAGCUCUUGAUACUGUAAAUCAAUUAGCCAUAAAUAAUGAAAUAGAGAAUGUAAUUUAUAUAAAUAUUAUAAUAGUUACCUAUUGAUAUAAGUGAUGAACCUUAAUAUAUUCAUAGAGGAGUAAUGAUAGACACAGCGAGAAAUUUUUUACCUGUAAAAUUAAUAAAGAGAACUAUUGAUGCUUUAGUAAUAAAUAAAUUGAAUGUUUUACAUUGGCAUAUUACAGAUGAUGAAAGUUUUCCACUUUUAUUAAGUAAUUAUAGUUAAAUAACAAAUAAUUCAAAAUAUUAGAAGGAUGGAUAUUUUACAAAGGAAGAUGUUUAAGAUAUUAUAUAAUAUGCUUCAAUAAGAGCAGUAUAAAUAAUUCCUGAAAUAGACACACCAGCACAUGUUCAUUCUUGGGGUAGAUCAUCUGAAUUAUCAGAAAUUAUAAUUACAUGUGAUACUAAUAUAAAAUAAUAUGGAUAAUUAGAUCCAACUUUAGAAUUUACAUAUGAAGUCUUAAAGUCUGUAAUGUAAGAUUUGAAUGAUAUGUUUGCUAAAGUAUAAUUUAUUCAUUUUGGUGGUGAUGAAGCUAGUAUUUAAUGUUUUGAAUAAAAACCAUCCAUUAAAGAAUUUAUGGAUUAACAUGGAAUAGCUAACUAUUUUGAUCUUUAAGUUUAUUAUANAGUUUUGAACAAAAUUUGA